UUUUGCGACCAUCAAAUCCGCCGCAAUAGAGAAGGAACUGGAGUGAUAUAGUAAGGGUACGGCUACGGGAGUGAAGAACCUGAAUUAGGGCACGACUCAACCCUUGUCCAAACACCACCGUCACCAGCCUCAGAGCUCCUCUGUUCGACUGCUUCUCGGUGCUCCUCUGGUCCAAUCGAACUGUUGACUGUCGAAGAUGCUUCACAGUGCCUUCUUCUUCUUCUUCCUCUGUUGACGACGACACCAGCGCUGGCUUCUCAGUGACUUCUUCUUCUUCUUCUUCGGCGCUCCUCUGGUUCUCAGUUCUACCACCAUCAGUCAGCCACCGCCUCUGCUCAACUGCCCCUUCCCCUGUUCCCAAGCUCAGGGCAGCGGAGAAUGAAGUUAGAGACAGGAAGUCUCAAAGAUGGUAGAUGCAAUGAUGGAAAAGAAAAAGAGAAGGUUCACUUUCUGUGCUGAUAAAGUGAUUAUGCUGGUCGUGUAAGUUGACACAGUUACACAACUAUUCACAGAUACAUGUACACAUAUAUUAUUUGUUGUAUCUUGUUGCUCAUUUGUUUUGAGGAGAUUAUUGAGGAGUUUGAGAAACUUGAAUUAGAAACUUGUGCAAUUAAACAAGUCUAAGUCAGUUUUUCUUUAGCUGAUUACCGAGAAACCCAGCAUGCAAGGGGACAAGUUAAAACGUCACGUCGUUUAGUCAGAUUCCUUGGAAUUGGAUUAUAGAAACAAACGCACCGUUAGCUCCAUCGUCCUCCAACAACACGAUGACGAUGACAAUUGUACCCUCCCUUCACUUCUUGCUCCCUCAGAACCCAAAACCCUUCCAAAUCCCUAAUUUUAUGCUGAAAACCCACUACACCCCUUUUAAUUUCAGACCCCAAUUUUCCCGGGAAACAAACACCCCUCCUUCCUCCACCGACCGCGGCCUCAUUUUCCAGGAAAAAGUUCAGUACCUCGAGAAUCUCAAAGUGAACCCACAGAAAGCCUUCCAAGUAAACCCUAACCUCCGAUCCACACCACUUUCCACCGUCAAAUCCGUCGAGCAAUGCCUCUCUUCCAUGGGAAUCCACCGCUCCGCCAUGGGAAGAAUCCUCGACAUGCUCCCGGAGCUUCUCAACCGAGACCCCGCCACGGACCUCUAUCCGAUCCUCGAUUUCCUCCUCAACGACGUCGGUAUCCCUUACCCCGAUGUUCACAAAUCGAUCUCGCGGUGCCCUAGGCUCUUGAUCUGCAGCGUGGAGGAUCAAUUGAAGCCAACCCUAAAAUUCCUGAUGAAAUUAGGGUUCACCGGUUCGAAUUCCCUCACGUGCCAGAACACUGUGCUACUUGUUUCGAGCGUGGAGGGAACGCUCGUUCCGAAGAUUGAGUUCUUGAAAAGCUUGGGGCUUUCGGAAUCGGAGGUUAAUUGCAUGGUUGUGAGGUCCCCUGCUUUGUUAACCUACAGUGUAGAGAAGAAUUUGAAGCCUAAAGUUGAGUACUUUUUGAAUGAGAUGAAUGGAAACGUUUUAGAGUUGAAUCGGUUUCCACAGUAUUUUUCAUUUAGCUUGGAAGGGAGGAUUAAGCCAAGGCAUAAGGUGUUGGUUGAGAAUAGGGUGAAACUACCUUUACAUCUUAUGUUGAAGGGUGAUGAUGGUGUUUUCUAUGAGACACUGAUUAAUACCCGAUUAAGAAAGCUUGAUGGAAGGUAGUUGUUGUAAAUUGGUUCUUGGUGAGAAUGGAAGAAGUAUCAUUCUUUUUCUGCUAUGAAUUGACAGUAUGAAGCAUGGUUUCUCAUCAAAAUGGUGGUGGAUGGAGAGUGGAUCGGCAUGGCUUCAUCGGAAAUAAUUUUCGAAAAAAUGUUGGAAAUGCGACGAAAGCUUGGCCAUUUAAAUCCAUACUUGUUUGGUUUGUGUUAUACAGAUAAGAGGACUGCUUGUUAUUUGAUCAGAAGAGCCAUGAUCGAUGGAUUCCUUCCACUUCCUCCACUCUGUAGCCAAAAGAAAAAAGAGGAUAACAAACGUAUCUUUUAAUAGUUUUGCUCAGAAUAUAGUGUGUAGUACUUUAUAAUAUGUGCAAUUUUGAUUGUCUUUGUGAUUAUGAAACCAGAGAUAUAAUCUUUUUGUUAAUAAUACCUGCUUAAUUUUCUCCGACAUUCACUGUCCGAAACUAUAUUGAAGGAUGUUUGUGGAAUAUUUCAGCGGCGAUUUUUGUGUAAUAUUAUGCAUGAUUUUAUUGGCUGCAUCUUUGAGAUGA